AGAUGAAUAUUUCAACUGGACUUUUUAUUUCGUUUUUAUAUUAGCCUUGUCUGUAAGUGAUGAUAGCUGCGGAUGAAGUUGAUAAGAGCAAAUUGAGAGAUCAUCAUAUAAAACAAGAAUAUUGCCUAAACCGCCCUAAAUAUCGUAGAGGAAGAAAACUACGAGCAGUCAAGACUUAUACAAUUAGCCAGGAAUCUCAUUAUCUGCUUAUUCAAAAUGUUCCAUCUAUUAAAGUUAAUAAAGAGCUUGAAUCAAAUCUAGUCAAAUUCGGAAAACUGGAAAAACUUGAAAAUUUAAGCGACUAUCCUAGAGAAGAGUUUUCUGAGGUGUAUUUCACAAAAUUUACUGAUAUUCAAUCAGCAAGGAAUGCAAAAAAGAAGCUAGAUGAUACUCCUUUCUUCGGAUCAACCUUACAUGUUUGUUAUGCACCCGAAUUUGAGACUGUAGACGAAACUAAACACAAAUUGGAAGUGAGAAGGCUCGAAGUUGAAAAAAGAUUGAAUGAACUAAAAGCUCCUAGAAUCAGGAAACGAAAGAAAAUUGAAAAAGAGUUAACAAACGAAGAAUUGAGGGAAAAAGCCAUAAAAUUGAAAGAUGUUCAAGGACCUAGUCUAAUACCAAAAAUAAUACAACAAUAG